CCAGAGUCUGGGCAAGGUUCGAGUUACCCGAGCAAUCUUCCAGCUAUAGGAACAGUCUCGCAAAGAGCUUUCUGCAUGCGCUCCCGGUUGCGACCAUUGGCAUCUCUCCAAGGCGGUAGAAUCGCUGGAUUCUUUAUGUGUCAAGCGAACGAAAAGCCUUCGCGUAGGAGUACCUAUCGGUUUGACCACCUUGAUCAGCGCGCAAUCUGAUUCAUUUGCUUUUAGCAGCUGACUUUAGGGGCGAUAGACUUCUGAAAAUCGUCUGCGAUCGAUCGAAGCGAUUCUCGUUUUGUACAUCCAGCGUCUCCAUAUGAAUUGAGCUCAGAAAGUAUCUCUAGAAAAGCCGAGUGGCGCGCUAGGGGCUAAGGAAGGCCCGUUUAUAAGAAGACACUUUCUAUUUAUCGAUCCUACUUCCCUCCAAGCAGGCAUGGCGUCUAAUUUGCUUGGAGACCUGGCAAACCUGCUCUUCACCUUUGUUUUGUAUCCUCUGGGGAUUCUCAAUCUGCUGUGGCUUGCCCCCCUAGUGGCAAUCUGGCGCUCAACCUGGUAUCUCCUGAAGCCUAAGACAAAAGUCAAGGGCAAGGUGGUAGUUGUCACUGGCGCGUCAUCAGGCAUCGGAGAGCACAUUGCGUUCGAGUUCGCCAAGCUCGGCGCGAAGCUGGUGCUUGCGGCCCGGCGCGAGGACCGGCUGCAGAGCGUCGCGGAAAUUUGCCAGCAGCUGGGCAGCCCGAACGUCGAAGUCGUGCAAGCGGACGUCCGAAAGGAGGACGACUGCAAGAAAAUCAUCGACCAUGCCAUCCAGAAGUUUGACAGACUCGACAUUUUGGUCAAUAACGCGGGAGUCGCCCACUUGUUCCUGGCGAGCGCCGCCCCCAACUUCAGCCUGGAGAGCGCCAAGGAAGUAAUGGACACCACGUUCUGGGGCCACGUGCACGCGACCCACUACGCGCUGCCGCACCUCAAGGCGACCAACGGACAGCUGCUCAACAUCGUCUCGGUCGCCUCGUACAUCCCGUACCCGCGCCAGGCUUUUUACAACGCGGCGAAACAAGCGGCGCUGGGCUUCUUUGACACGCUUUCCCACAGGCGGGCAGCACUGUUUGCGGCGAAGCACGCGGCGCUGGGUUUCUUCGACACGUUGCGCGCGGAGGCGGGCAGCCGCAUCACGGUGACCAACGUGCUGCCCGGCUGGGUGGCGUCAGAGAUGACGGAGGGCAAGCUGCUCAACACCGACGACAAGCCCGCCUGGGACACCGGCCUGCGCGAUGAGCACGUGGGCCCCUGGCCGGUUCUGCCGACGACCGACCUGGCCAAGCUCGCCGUCCACACCGCGCUCAAGCGCGAGCGCAACGUCAUCGUGCCCCUCUGGUACACCCUCUUCCUGUACUUCCGAGUGUUGGCCCCCGAGGCACUCGACUGGAGCUUCCAGCUGCUGUUCGCGAGCAGCGAGCCCGGAAAGUCCGCCCCGACCAAAAAGAUGGUUCAGAUGGUGGGUACCGAGACGCUCAACAUGCCCCCGCCCGGUACCCAGGAGCGAGCUACCGAGGCCUUCAAGGAGAAUCUGAAGAACCGGGCCUGGGACGGGAACCAUAAGAAGAGUGAGAAUGGGAAGCAGGAGAAUGGGAAGCAGGAGAACGGCCAGCAGAAUGGCCAGAAGAAAGAGCAGUAA